AGCGCGGGGUGGCCGUGUUACAAUGUGGCUGCCAGAAAAUGCGAGACGGGAGAAAAGACGGCCAAUGACAUCGUGAGGGAAAAAACACUUCGCAAGACAGCAGUGAGGCUGAGGAGCGAGGGGAAGGAUGGUCAGCAGCCAGCCAAAGUACGAGCUGAUCCAGGAGGUGGGGCGGGGCACCUACGGCGUGGUGUACGAGGCGGCGGUGCGGCGCACGGGCGCCCGGGUGGCGGUGAAGAAGAUCCGCUGCCACGCCCCCGAGAACGUGGAGCUGGCGCUGCGCGAGUUCUGGGCCCUCAGCAGCAUCCAGAGCCAGCACCCCAACGUCAUCCACCUGGAGGAGUGUGUUCUGCAGCGGGACGCCCUGGCCCAGAGCAUGAACCACGGCUCCACCUCCUCGCUCUACCUGGAGCUGGUGGAGACAUCCCUAAAGGGUGAGAUCACCUUUGACCCCCGGUGUGCCUACUACCUGUGGUUCGUCAUGGACUUCUGCGACGGCGGCGACAUGAACGCCUACCUGCUGUCACGCAAGCCCAGCCGCCGGACCAACACCAGCUUCAUGCUGCAACUGAGCAGCGCCCUGGCCUUCCUGCACAAGAACCAGAUCAUCCACCGCGACCUCAAGCCCGACAACAUCCUCAUCUCCCAGGGCUGCACGCCUGCCGGCUCGCCCGAGCCCACACUCAAGGUGGCCGACUUCGGCCUCAGCAAAGUCUGCUCCGCCUCCGGCCUCAACCCGGAGGAGCCGGCCAGCGUCAACAAGUGCUUCCUGUCCACCGCCUGCGGGACAGACUUCUACAUGGCGCCCGAGGUGUGGGAGGGGCACUACACCGCCAAGGCGGACAUCUUCGCGCUGGGCGUGAUCAUCUGGGCCAUGGUGGAGCGCAUCACCUUCGUGGACACGGAGACCAAGAAGGAGCUGCUGGGGAGCUAUGUGCAGCAGGGCUCGGAGAUCGUGCCCCUCGGGGAGGCUCUGCUGGAGAACCCCAAGAUGGAGCUGCUGAUCCCGGCCAGGAAGAAGAGCAUGAACGCCGGUAUGAAGCAGCUGAUCCGGGAGAUGCUGUCGGCCAACCCGCAGGAGAGACCAGACGCCUUCGAGCUGGAGCUGCGGCUGGUCAAGAUCGCCUGCCGGGAGUGGGACUGGGACACGUGAUGGACCCCUCCCCCCCCCCAAAAGACGUGUGCGUGCGCACGUGCACACGCCACCCACAAACACACCCUUUUCUACUCUGUCAUCUCUGGUGCUGGAGAAUCUCAACUCGCAAUCAUUUCAGUCCUGCCCCAGGAGGGCAGCGGCACCUGCAGGCUCCAACCCUGACCUGGCUGCUACUUUGGGAGUGAAACGUGUUCAACAUCCCC